CACUACAAUCUUUUCUUUCUACUUCUUUUUGCUUUUCGCCUUCUCUUCUCCAUCUCCUUCCCCAAGAACCCUAAAUUAUUUCUUCACACUUAGAUAAUAAAAAAAAAAAUUAGAUCUUUAUCGAAAAAGAAAAAGUACUUAGAUGAUUCUGAUCGAAGAAAUAGAAAAAUCUGCUCAACUGGUUGGUUAAAGGAACUCAGUUUCUCAUACCCAAAUGAAUCUGAGUGAGAAGAGAAGAGUUGAUGAAGAUUGGAUUGAGACACUAUUGAGUUUAGAGUUCUUUGGGAUAUGUAUGGAUCAUAAGUAUCUUCGAAAGAACGAGAAGAAUGUCUUUUGCAUUGACUGUAAUCUCGAAAUCUGCAGACAUUGUUGUAACACAGAAGCUCAUUUUCUCCAUCGUCGUCUUCAGAUCUGCAAAUAUGUUUAUCAAGAUGUUCUUCGUCUUCUCGAUAUUCAACACUACUUCGAUUGCUCCGAGAUUCAGACAUAUAAAAUAAAUGGAGAGAAGGCUAUACAUUUGAAUUCAAGGCCACAGGCAAAAGAUGCAAGACCUUCAACAAAAUCCAAGAAUGGAGCUUCAUGUGUGACUUGCAAAAGAUAUAUUCAGGAUCACCCUAAUCGAUUUUGCUCUAUCUCUUGCAAGAUAUCAACUCCUUCGAAAAAACCUAAAUUUUGUUUUUCUCCAAAAUUGGAACAAAGUGUUGUGGAGAAAGUGCACUCUCAUCAAGAAGGAAGCUUAGAAGAGAAAAAAUCGUGCACAUCUUCACUCACCGAUGUUUCAGAAGACUCAGAAAUUUUGUUGAGUAAUUUCUCAUUGAGACCACUCAUGAGAAUACUCAAGAGAAAGGGAAUUUCUCGAAGAUCUCCUCUUUAUUGAAUUUUAAUACUUUUUUCGAUUUUGUAUCAAAACCAUACAGUAAUUUAUUUUCUUUUUUGGAAAGGAUAUCAUAUUGAGUAUCAAUAUUAUGUUUUUUAAAAAAUUAUUCACUCCUGAAGAUAGUAUUGUUGUGAGACAAAAAAAAAGAAAAGAAAGAGAAAUAGUGAUAUACUCGUGUGUUUUGUGUAAUGGUGUAUGAGUGAUUUAUUU